UCUCUCUCCUCUGUUAAAAAAAAAGAAAAAACACGCACACAAAUUCUCUUUCUAGGUGAAGUUAAACAAGAAAGACCUCAGGGGUUUACCUCUCCGUCAUUUUUUGUUCGAUGGUCCGUCGCUUUCUCUCUCGCUUUUAUCUGAAUUAUACGAGAGAGGCCUCAUUUUGACGCAUUCGCUCUUCACUGUCGGCGGACCUCCUCAUAAAAAGGCUCACAUUUGAUAGACGAGUGGCAGCCAGCAAGAAAGAUUGGCCCUUUAGGGUUUCAUUCCCCUCCCCUCCCCUCCCCCAAAUCGAUCCGGGCGUUCCGCCAUUCGCGUCAAAGUCGGAUCUUUGGAAGUGGGCAUCGAUCAGCUUCUUCAGAUCUGGUGUAAAUGGAGGCCAGUGCUGGCCUCGUUGCCGGCUCCCAUAACAGGAACGAGCUCGUGGUCAUUCGCCGUGAUGGGGAGUCUGGGCCGAAGCCUCUGCAGCAAGUGAGUGGGCAAAUCUGCCAGAUUUGUGGGGAUGACGUCGGGUUGACUCCUGAUGGGGAGCUCUUUGUUGCUUGCAAUGAGUGUGCUUUCCCUGUCUGUAGAGAUUGUUACGAUUACGAGCGGAGGGAGGGUAGUCAAGUUUGCCCUCAGUGCAAAACUAGGUUUAAGAGGCUCAAAGGACGCCCGCGAGUCGCCGGAGAUGAGGAAGAGGAUGGGUUUGAUGAUAUUGAUAAUGAGUUCAGUUUUGCGGGGAGGGAUAGGGAGGACAUGCAGUAUGGAGCUGAGGCUAUGUUGCAGGGUCACAUGAGAUUUGGGCGAGGGUCGGAUACGGAGAUGCCUCACGGGGUUAAUUCCGUGUCCAAUGUGCCUUUGCUUACCAAUGGUGAAAUGGUCGAUGACAUCCCUUCUGAUCAGCACGCCUUGGUUCCUGCUUAUACGGGUGGUGGAGGAAAAAGGAUCCAUCCGCUGCCCUUUCUUGAUCCCAGUAUUCCAGUGCGACCAAGAUCCAUGGAUCCUUCCAAGGAUCUUGCUGCCUAUGGCUAUGGAAGUAUUGCAUGGAAGGAGAGGAUGGAGUUGUGGAAGCAAAAGCAAGAAAAGUUGCAGGCAGCAAGAAAUGAAAAUGGUGGAAAAGGGGAUGAUGGGGAUGAUCCAGAUUUGCCACUAAUGGAUGAAGCUAGGCAACCUUUGUCGAGAAAAAUACCAAUUUCUUCCAGCCUGAUAAAUCCAUACAGGAUAAUCAUUGUUAUUCGGCUGGUGGUUCUUGGAUUCUUUUUCCAUUACCGAGUCACACAUCCAGUGAAUGAUGCAUUUGGACUGUGGCUUGUGUCUGUGAUUUGUGAAAUUUGGUUUGCCCUUUCAUGGAUACUCGAUCAAUUUCCAAAGUGGCUCCCAAUUGAAAGGGAAACUUAUCUAGAUAGACUAUCAUUAAGGUAUGAGAAGGAAGGCAAGCCGUCUCGACUGUCACCAGUAGACAUUUUUGUGAGUACUGUUGAUCCAUUGAAAGAACCCCCUCUGGUGCCGUCUCGACUGUCACCAGUAGACAUUUUUGUGAGUACUGUUGAUCCAUUGAAAGAACCCCCUCUGGUCACAGCAAACACAGUGCUGUCCAUUCUUGCUGUUGAUUACCCAGUUGAGAAAGUCUCCUGCUAUGUUUCUGAUGAUGGUGCUGCAAUGCUGACAUUUGAAGCAUUAUCAGAAACGUCUGAAUUUGCGAAGAAAUGGGUACCAUUCUGCAAGAAAUUCAGUAUUGAACCACGUGCACCUGAAUGGUAUUUCCAGCAGAAGAUAGACUAUUUGAAGGACAAGGUUUUACCUUCUUUUGUAAAGGAACGAAGAGCAAUGAAGAGAGAAUAUGAAGAGUUCAAGGUACGUAUAAAUGCUUUGGUUUCGAAAGCUCAAAAGGUCCCUGAAGAAGGGUGGACAAUGCAAGAUGGAACUCCUUGGCCUGGAAACAAUGUUCGUGAUCAUCCUGGAAUGAUCCAGGUUUUCCUUGGUGAAAGUGGUGGGCAUGACAUGGAUGGGAAUGAACUCCCUCGACUGGUUUAUGUUUCUAGAGAAAAAAGACCAGGGUUUAAUCACCAUAAGAAGGCUGGUGCUAUGAAUGCUCUGGUUAGAGUCUCAGCUGUACUCACAAAUGCACCCUACCUGCUGAAUCUUGAUUGUGAUCAUUACAUCAACAAUAGUAAGGCACUUAGGGAGUCUAUGUGCUUCAUGAUGGAUCCACUGGUCGGGAAGAAAGUCUGCUAUGUGCAGUUUCCUCAGAGGUUCGAUAGUAUCGAUCGACAUGAUCGAUAUGCUAAUCGAAACGUUGUGUUCUUUGAUAUUAACAUGAAAGGUCUGGAUGGAAUUCAAGGACCAAUUUAUGUGGGUACUGGAUGUGUUUUCCGAAGGCAGGCUCUCUAUGGCUAUGAUGCCCCAAAGGCGAAAAAACCACCUACAAGAACUUGCAAUUGUUGGCCAAAGUGGUGUUGCUGCAACUGCUGUUCUAGGAGCAAGAAGAAGAAGACUUCAAAGAAUAAGCAGGGAAAGAAAAAGAAGUUCUUUAGUAGGAGAGCAGAUAACAUGGCACCUGUUCUUGCCUUAGAGGGCAUUGGAGAGGGCUUUGAAGGUAUUGAGAGUGAGAAGGCCUUUAUAUCUGAGCAAAAAUUGGAAAAGAAAUUUGGGCAAUCUCCAGUUUUUGUUGCAUCGACCCUUCUUGAAGACGGUGGAACAUUGAAGAGUGCUACUCCAGCCUCUUUACUGAAAGAAGCUAUUCAUGUCAUUAGCUGUGGCUAUGAAGAUAAGACAGACUGGGGUAAAGAGGUGGGUUGGAUCUAUGGUUCAGUCACUGAAGAUAUUUUGACUGGUUUUAAAAUGCACUGCCAUGGAUGGCGAUCAAUCUAUUGUAUUCCUCCGAGGCCUGCUUUCAAAGGUUCUGCACCCCUUAAUCUCUCGGAUCGUCUUCAUCAAGUUCUUCGGUGGGCUCUGGGUUCAGUUGAAAUUUUAUUGUCUCGUCAUUGUCCACUAUGGUAUGGUUAUGGUGGUGGCUUGAAAUGGCUAGAGAGGUUUUCGUACAUAAAUUCCGUUGUUUAUCCUCUCACAUCUCUGCCUCUUCUGGCAUACUGCACGCUGCCUGCUGUUUGCUUGCUCACCGGAAAGUUCAUAACUCCAGAGCUUAGCAACGUUGCGAGCUUGUGGUUUAUGUCACUCUUCAUUUGUAUUUUUGCAACGGGUAUCCUUGAAAUGAGAUGGAGUGGAGUCGGUAUUGAUGAUUGGUGGAGAAAUGAGCAGUUUUGGGUGAUUGGGGGUGUUUCAGCGCAUCUAUUCGCACUAUUUCAAGGUCUUCUGAAGGUCCUUGCGGGUGUUGAUACCAAUUUCACAGUGACAUCAAAAGCCAGUGACGAUGAAGAUUUUUCAGAGUUGUAUACCUUCAAAUGGACCACAUUGCUUAUUCCCCCAACAACUCUUUUAAUAGUCAACAUAAUCGGCGUAGUUGCUGGAGUUUCGAAUGCCAUUAACAACGGUUAUGAAUCAUGGGGACCUUUGUUUGGUAAACUCUUCUUUGCGUUCUGGGUGAUUGUCCAUCUCUAUCCCUUUCUCAAAGGUUUGGUUGGUCGACAAAAUAGAACACCUACGAUCAUCAUUGUCUGGUCUAUUCUUCUUGCUUCUAUCUUCUCCCUUUUGUGGGUUCGAAUCGAUCCAUUCUUGGCAAAAUCCGAUGGACCGUUGCUGGAGGAAUGUGGAUUGGACUGCAACUAGCACAGGAUCAAUCAUCAGAGAAUUUUGACCCCGCAUAUGAUUCUUGAUUCUAUGUGUAGAUAACAGGAAGAGUUGUGCUUGCAUUUGUUUAGUCAAGCUCUGUAAGUGGGAAAGAGGGAGUCUGAAGGCUGGACUACUUCAAUUCUUUAUUAGUUUGGAUGGAAUGUGAGAUUAAAGUUCCACGUUGGGCAAGCACACUGAUUCUCCGCAAUAAAGUAGGCUGUGGCUUGCAACUGGAACAACAUGCCACCAGCUGCUCUAUUUUAUUGAAAACAAAGUGGGGUAUGAAAUGCAACUGUACAAUACCAAACCCAGAUCCACAUACAGUAUAAAUUUGUGAAUUUUUGUCAUGGGGCUCAGGGUUUCUGUAACAAUGAUUUUUGUGGUGUAUGUAUGUUUAGGGAAUACUGUUUGUAAUUGAUAUGUUGUAAUCCUGUGUUCUUUUUUGUCGGAAACUUUGUGAGCAAACUCCUCAUUCAUCUAUUCAACAAGAAAACUCCAUAA